UAAAUAUUUGCCCGUAAUACAUAGUAUUUAUAUCAACGAAAGGAGAAAUUAAAAGACUUUUUUUGAAAAUCAGGAAAGUUAAUGAAUUUUUAAGUCGAUAAAUCUAAUAAUAAAUACAGUAGGAAAUAAAUGAAAUGUAUUUUUAAAACAUGAAGCCUUCAAAACAAUGGUUUGUUUGGGAUGGACUUGGCAUCACUUGCGCUAUGUUUACGUACUUUCUCAUUGGCUUUGCUGAAUUCGUUGUAGUUGGUGUUAUACUGCUGCCCGAAUUGACAACAACGGCUUGGGGAUUAUUUCAUUCAAUUUUAUUUUCGAUUCUUGCUCUUUUAGCUGCGAGUGCUCACAUGCGAUCCAUGACGACCGACCCGGGAAGCAUACCUUUAGGUAAUUGUACAAAGGAAAAUAUUAGAAAAUUGGACAUAAAAGAAGGAGAGGUUUUAUACAGAUGUACAAGAUGUGAGUGUAUUAAGACUGAUAGAGCUCAUCAUUGUAGCACCUGUCAACGUUGCAUCAGGAAAAUGGACCACCACUGUCCAUGGAUCAAUAACUGUGUUGGAGAAAACAAUCAAAAGUUUUUUGUCUUAUUCACGUUUUACAUUAUGGUCAUCUCAGUCUAUGCGCUGUUCCUUUCUGUUAGACAGUUUUUUCUCUGCCAAAACACAGAUUGGGAAGGUUGCAUCUAUCUCAAAACACCAGCUGGCAUGGUGUGCAUUAUAUUCCUUGUAUUUGAAGGAAUUUUGUUUGGUUUAUUCACACUUGCGAUGUUUUGCACUCAAGUGUGUUCAAUUUGUAAAGAUGAAACGGGAAUUGAAAAUUUGAAGAAAGAGAAGGUCGAUAAAGAGGAAGAUAAGUCUUUAUAUGACAACCUUAGGGAUGUAUUUGGUGGACACUUUUCAUUGAAGUGGUUUUCACCAUUCACUCAUCCAAAGAUUAGCAGACGAAAGACUGUAUUCAGUUAUUAUGAAGUUUAAAAACUUGACCCAGUGGCAAUGACCUACCACAAGAGUACAACACUUAUAAUUUUCAUCUGGACGUGUAAAUUAUUCAUCGAUUACAUUGAUUUCAUCAAUGAUAACUCACCUUAUAAUGUACAAUCAACUGUAGUUGUGUAUAUUCCAUCACUAAUGUACAUUUCUCGGGUUUUAAAAACAUGUUCAACAUCAAUUAUUUAAUAAUGAAUUUAUUUCAUCAACAUAA